CUAUCAUCACGCAUGCGUCAUCACAUCGUCGUGAGAGCCGGAUAGAAAGCGUCGAAAAUGGCGGAAUCUUUGAGACGUUUGGUGAAUAUCGGUACAUUUACCGUGCUUCAAGAAAAGUUAGAAAGAUGGCUGCAAAACUAUUAUAUCAACACAUGUGAUCAGAAUGUGGCCAGGUGUUGUGAGAUCAUCGAACUCAACGCCAAGGUCCAGGGGCAGCUCUUCAAACUCCUCAGUGUCACUGCCGAGGCUGGUGGUAUGUACGGUGGGUCAGCCAUCAUUAAGUCCCGCCUCCUUCCCUUCCUCGGAGGUAACUUCUUCACCACUGGAGGAGCUAUGACUGCCGAUGCCAGUCUGUCUGUCCUCGCCGAGGCUGCUGGCAAAAAUAGGGAGCUGGACGAGCUCCAGGAUAUGUACGAGAAAUCAUUACAGGACUUGGAAGGAGAUCUAGAUGAUAAGAAGGCGGAGCUACAGGAUGUCAAGGAUGAGUUACAGGAUGCUAAAGAGGAGCUCAACCGAACUCUGCGUACAUCAACAAGUGAUAAAAUGUUAACAGAGGUCGAAACUAGAGAGCUAAGGCGGAAACUCGCAAUAGCUGAGGAUGAGGUGCGCACAUUAAGAUCCAAAGCAGGAUUGCUAACUGAUUACGAAACCCAAGUGCGCCGCUUGCGUGAUGAUAUCGCAUUGCUUACCUCUAGGAGAGAUUCUCUGUACCGCUCUUCCUCCUCCAUGUCAUUGCCCCUAAAGGAUGACUCUUAUGUGUCAUCUCAUUCGCAAUUAAAAGAUGACCCACCUAAAAAGAGAGAUUCUUUUAAAGACAAUAAGUCGGGGCUGGCCGACUCCCAGGACGAAAUUGUCAAGUUACGAGCUAGAUCUGGUCUUGUUGAUGAUUAUCAGCGGGAGUUAAGGAAUCUUAGGGACGAGCUCUCUAUUGUCAGUUCCAAAAAGAGCUAUCUUGAUAGCGACAUUUAUGGAUCUCUGUCCUCCUACCGUUACACCCCCCGUAUCGGGUCACCCUGCUCUCCUGACGACCCCGUCCUGAGAGUGCGUCAGCAGAACUUGGUCUCGCGCUGGAAUGACAUGUACAACCAGGACCGACUCGAUGCCAUGGACACUCUGCGCCGGUUCUCUGAUGACCAUGAGAACAACCAGCGCAUCAUCUUCCUUGCUGUACAGGAAUCACACAGUGUAGCCAAGCUGGCAUUCCGUCAGUUCAAGAUGAAGGUGCGUGCUAACCUGGCAGCCACACACAUUGGACCAGAGACACUGGAGGAGGCUGUACAGGACUACAUUAACAGGAACACUGACCUCUACGACCUCCCAGGAAUGGUGUCGGACGUGAUCCGAGGACUGAACCGUAGCCCCAAGAUCUUCCUGCCACCCGACUGUAGCUUCGCCAUCGUUCAGCCAUUUAUCAGGGAAAGCUGCAAGCUGGCCUGGCAGAUGAAUGCCCUAGCUAUCCCGAUGGACAUUGCUGUAGCUACGGAUGCUGAGUUGUUUGACAACAACAAAUACCGAAGGACUUAUGACUCUGAGUAUACAGCACCUCUUGUGAACCAUCAUGUGUGGGCGGCCCUCAUGCAGGGAGCCAAGGUGGUGAUGAAGGGUGAGGCCACCACUCGCCGUGGCGCCUCUCUGGGCAUGUCCAGGAGGAGUAGGAGCCCCACUCGGUCCCGUUCCAUCAGCCCAAGCCCACGCCCUCGCUCUCGCUCCCGAUCUCUGAGCCCCACACGUCGCAGUCGCUCACCCAGCCCACGCCGAAGCACAUACAGCUCAGGUCUGUGGUAACGACAGCCACCUGUCAGCCAGUCUUGUCUCCAGGCUCCAACCUACAUAUUCUACCUUAUCAUCUAAAGACUGUCUGUCUCUAAAACGCUUUGGUCGCACCUGGCGAUCCUUACACAGCUAACCCUGUUGACUGAACAUAACUUGGUGAUGGAUCCAAACCAGAAAACCUGUAUAUUUAUCCUAGAAAUAAUGGGCUAUAACUUGUAAACCUGUGUUAUUGGGCUUAGUGUAUAUAUUGUAUGAUUAAUGUGUGAGUAUGUAUCCUGUCCAGGUAGCUAUAUAUAUAGCUGUGUAGUCUGUUAUCAUUGUAAACGGUUAAUGACUGGAUGGUAGUAGUAGAUCAGUACUAUUUGUAACUUAUUUAUUUUUGUUAUCAGCUCCAAAGUGGAAAGGUCAUUUUAUGCAAGAAAAAAUAUAAACCAAUGUUUAUUUUGUUGUGAUGUUGGUUAUCGUGAAUUUGUUUUUUUACAACAGUUGUUUUGGCACUAAGAAAACACUCUCAUCAAUUAUUAAUGGAGAAAUAUUGUUAAACAUGUUUUAAUUUUCAUGCUAAUAAAUAAAUUGAUGAAGAGUCCAAAAUCAAUAGAAGUAAUGAAGUGAGGUUGGGUGUACAACAUUGUCUACUGGUGUGAAAUCUUGCAGUAAAUGACCUCUGCACAUUAAGCUGACUGUAUUUUAGUUUAUAUAAAAGUUUGAAGGUUUUUAACUCACAAUCUCACAUUUGUAGAUGUUUUUACUGUGUGAACUUUCUUGAUUAUUAAUAAAGUGUACUGGUUCUCUAUCAGUAAGCUUAAACUUAUAAUUUUCUUUCUUGGGUUAUAUAUUAUAUAUAUAAACAAUCGGGGGAGCUGUCACUCCGUCCCAUUGGAGAUGUCACCCCAGUAACACCCAGGGGAGCAAGUAACAGAUGUUCGCACCACGAUCACAGGUUGCGGAAACGUCUGAUUUUACAUUUCUCAACAAAAUGUAUUUAAUCAUCUGUGUGCUUUCCUGCGUGCUUACUCUUGUUUUAAUUAUACUUCUCUUCUAUUGUUGAUUUAUUUAAUUUGACCUGACCAGGGUCAUGCUGUCCAAGCGACUGUGAUAUAUAUAUUUUGUUUGUCCUUGAUUGUACGAUCAUUAAUGUUUCUUCCUCUCACUUCUCUGUGUAUCGUUCCUGCCCAGUAGAGCUCAUCCUGGCCUCAGUAUAUAUGAGGUUUUCCUCUAACUUCUCUGUGUAUCGUUACUGCCCGGUAGAGCACAUCCUGGCCUCGGUAUAUAUGAGGUCUUCCCCUCCUUCUCUGUGUAUCGUUACUGCCCGGUAGAGCACAUCCUGGCCUCAGUAUAUAUGAGGUCUUCCUCUCACUUCUCUGUGUAUCGUUCCUGCCCAGUAGAGCACAUUCUUGCCUCGGUAUAUAUGUGAGGUUUCAAUCAGGACAUCAGAAAUUUGUUGAUGUAUUUGUGUGGAAUCGUUCAUGGAUGGAUAUGUGAGUACUAAUACAAAUUUGAAUAACUUAUAAGGAUUAUGAAUAUUAAAAAAGUGCUAUGAUAAAGAUAUAGUAUAUCAAAGUGACCGUUGAGACAAAGAUUUAAGAUCCAUUUCUUUGACCAUUUUUGUAUGUUUGGCGUGAUUGUCCAGUGGUUACUUGUAUGAGCUGCUGUAAAGGAUGCGUGACAGUGUUACCAUUGAUGUUUCGACUCUUGUUUCAGACCCGGUAUAUUAAACGCUGGUAGUUGAUGGAGGACAUGUAAAAUUGUUGAUCAUGAACUUUAUAACACCUCAGUGAUGUCGGGAGUCGGCCGUUACCGGUCCAGUGAACACCAACCAUUCAUAUCAACCAUCCCAACAUUCCAUACAGCGUCAUUAACAGUGUAUAUGACAUCAUUGAUCGUUACAAAAGGAUUGUUGAUGGUGAAUGUUUUAUUUGUUUUAAAUGAUUAUUUAUCAAUAUUGUAGUGAUUUUAACUCUGUCCUACUUGUUUAAACCCGUUUCUAACCCUUUCCUUACUUUGGACCGACGUACCCCGAAAUGUUUGGCCUACCCUUGUUUCUACGCUGCUCUCCUUACUUUGACCUGGUAUGUUAAAAACCCUGUCAACUUCCAAAUUGUUGACAGGGCAGUGAAAAUCUACAUGAGGCCAAAUUCAUGUUGAAAUUUGUGUCUAUGGAAACCUUAAUGAGUAAAUUUUCUCAGAAUCAUUUGUCUAGUUUUUCAUCAUUGAUUAUCAUCGAGCCAGUUUUUGUUAUAGGGUUUGGGUGUUUUUUCCUCAGCCUUUGUGCUUCAGGGCCAUGAAAUCAUGAGUAAUCGUCUAUAUCUACAUAUCUGCUGUGACACUGGUGAUAAGAGGACUGUUUUAAUAGCUAAUGAGAAUAUAUUUCAUACUCGUAUUAUUAUAGAUAUAUUUAUUUUUUCAAUGUUGAGUUUACAUGUUGAAGUAGAAAAUGCAGACAUCAUCUGUCCGUCCAACUCAUUAUUUUAUUUCUUAAUGUCUUAGUCAUCAUUCAUUGUGAUAUAUCAAAUGGUAUUUUUUGUAAUAUUAACAGGGAUAAACCUAUUUUAGGGAAAUUAUUAUUAUAUGGUUUGUGUGUGAUAUUUUGUAGGUAUUUUUAGAUAAAAACAAUGGGUUAAUGAAUUUGUCUGUGAACCACCUUGCGAGUGUCUGAUAUGACAAGGAUCAAAUAUCUUUACAGAUAGUACGAUCUUAAACCUAACAGAAGAAAGAAUUUAUUUUCAUCCCAAAGAUAGAAGUUGUAAUGCUGAAGGAGCACUGUGUUGACCAUGUUAGAUAUAUAUUACCCAUUGAUACCACUGUAUAUUAUUGUAGGUUUUAUACAGUAAUAAAAUCUAUUUACCAUGA